AUGGAGGCCAAGCGGAUAUGGCAAAGCAUGUAUACAUUUCCGACAGCAAUUGGUGUAAUUGAUUGUACACAUAUAGGAAUCCUGAAACCAAAUCGCCAUGGAGAUGAGCAUAUCAACCGAAAAGGGAAACCUACUUUAAAUGUGCAAGCCACUUUUGAUGCCAGAGAGACGUUCACAAGUGUUGAUGUCCGUCGGCCUGGAUCAGUGCAUGAUUCCAGAAUAUGGAGAAAUUCACAGACUAGAUCACAACUAAUAAAUAAAGCAAAUAUUGUACUACUAGGCGAUGACGGUUAUGGUAUUACGCCAUGCCUUAUGACUCCCUUCAGAAAUCCUACUCCAGGUGCAGAAAUAAGUAGUUAUAAUAGUUAUAAUUGA